AUGGACUCGCCGGGGUCGCUGCGAGAUAUCUGCUCGACGACGACGACGACGACGACAUCAUCGUCGUCUCGUCUGCCCAUCCACCUACAGCAGCCUUCAUCGUCGAGUUUCGCGGACCCCGAAGUUUUCACCUCGACGCAACACAUCAAACCCGGGCAGCAAUUCGUUUCAGUUCAGACACUCACCAAAGAAACGUUCCACAUUGCAGUGAAUGCAAAAACCAAAGUGCAUGAUGUAUUGUGGAAAUGUGGUGAGAUUCUAUCUCUGAGCGAAGACAAACUGUUCGGUCUUGCUUUUCGGCAGCCGACUGAAGGUAUCGGUGGAGAUCAGCCGCGGCACGAAUACUAUUUUCUCGAUCCUUCUGCUAAAAUCAUGAAGUAUGCACACAAACAACCUCGAUUUUCAAACUGGCAUAAUAAAUCAACUGAAAACCGCGCCAUAUUGGUGCUUUAUUUUCGAGUUCGAGUCUACAUUGAUCAAGUCGGAUUACUAACAUGUCCAAAAGCUCGAGAACAUUAUUAUCUGCAACUCAAAGACAAUUUCUUAGAUCAUUGGGCUGGGCGAAAUAGUGUGUCGGAGGAGAGAUGUUGGUACAUGGCUGCGCUCGCUCUUAUAACCGACAAAGGCACAGAAUACCUCGGCUAUUUUCGUGCGGAACAUUAUUUCCCAUUAUGGGUUAUAAACGAGCGUGGAUUGGAGUAUAUUCGGAAUAAUUUGCGCGCCGCUUGUGAGGACAUCAUCAACGAAGGAAAGGAGAAAGCGAUGGAAAAGUUUAUGAUUGAAGCUGGAAGGUCGCCAUUCGCAUUAAACUGUCAUUUGUAUGGUUUGAGAAGGCAUAAAAUGGACGCGACAGAUAAUGCAGUGCUUGGAAUAAAUGCCAAGGGCAUUGAGAUGUGCGAUAUUGGCGAAUAUGGCGAUCGAAUUCCACUGCGUUCUCUUCAAUGGAAUAAAGUGACUCGAUUGUCAUUCGACAGAAAAAAAUUGACGAUUAUCGGAGCAGAUGGGACCAAAAUGUCAUUGUAUGCUCACACCGAGAGCAAAGCGAAAUAUCUGCUGGAAUUGUGCCGAGCUGUUCAUCAAACACUUCUUGUAAUGUCUCAUCUGUAUGCGCGAAUGGCUCCGCCACCCAAACCCUACCAGGAAAUGUCGGUGGAUGGAACAAGUACGUCAUCAACAAGUGGUAUUGGUAGCGGAGAUCACGAUAAGGACUCGGAUUCUUUGAGUAGCGCUGGAGGAGAGAGAUGUCAUGGAUCGAUUUCAUCGAAAAUGAGAAUGCGAAUCAAAAUGGAUUCGAAUCUCGAUGUGAAAAUUGAGAAAAUGGAACUUGAAAACAUUCGACAAGAACGAGCCGCCUCGCAAUCAAGUAAAGCCAGCGAUGAGAGUGAACGGUCUCGAAACGAUCUUAAACAUCAUACGUACCAUCCUGCAAAUGAAUCAUCUGGCGCAACAACUUCCACUCAAACGGUGACAUCAAUUGAUGCAACAACACGCCCGAAUUCCAUCGACAACGCUUCUCAGACGAUCGAGUCUGGCAGUCAGAAAAGUAUUGUCGACGUCAAUUUCAAUAGCAAACCCGAUCGUCCCGUCGGGGGUUCAUCGGGCUUUUUGUCAUCCGAUCUCGAUACUCGUCAUUCGUUCCAAUCAAUGAGUAUUCAUGAUCUUCGAUCGCAGACGUCCCAUUCUGCGGCAUUCAACACCAAUUCGCAGAUGCCCCAAUGGAGUGAUCCAUCGGACAAAGCGUUGACACGAUCUGACACAAGAAUUGACAAUUCCCAAAUGUGGAGCAGGAAUAUGCUUCUCGAUGCUUCGACAGCGGCUUCAAGCAAUUGCGGAAGAUUCGUCAAGAAGAAUUCUGCCGGUAGUCGCACGACGAACGCUAUCAAUCGUGUGCAUUCAAUGCCUUCCCAUUAUCACAUGUAUGGCUACUACCGUCCCACUCAGCAGUCGAUGAUCAACACCUACGAAGAUGCAUACAAUCAGCAGCAACAUCAUCAUCAUCAUGGUCCGACCAGUUUGACUCAUGCGCAAUCAUUGAAUGUGCCAAUGACGAACCACAGAAUGCGAAAUCCGCCCCCAUACGAGCAUCCAACCAUGAAUGGUGGUCCGCUACCCGCCGAGACCGCGGGAGGACAGCCGAGCUUCCCGCCGGCGUCAGCAACUCCACAACAAUUGGUGUAUGACGAGGGAUUCUCGACGGAAAAGAUGCAGAAAUAUCCACUUCUUCUGAAGUUACUCAAAGAACAACGAUUGGCGCCGAUGCCGUCCAACUAUAUCUCUUCGAUGCCAUCGCCGACGACGACGUUCUCUCACCAACGACGUCCAUCAUCAUGCAUCGAUUUGAGCGGAUGCCAGCAGAUGAUUACACCGAUUCAUCGUGCCGACUAUUUUUUUGAUUCUGCACCCAUUCAGCAGAACGGCAACGGACUCACGUAUCAGCAGCAGCAACAACAGCAACUCCCGCUCAAUUUGGCAAAACCGACGUUUGUCAGAGCGCAGACUAUCGAAGGAAACAUCCACUUACCACCACCUCCACCAUAUCAGCAGCCGAACCUCCAACAAUCACAACACCAGCCGCAGCAACAUCAGCAGCAGCUGGUCAAUUGA